AUGGCCAAGGAGUAUUAUGGCCGUGUGAUCCAGACCGAUGGGACAUUAUUUAUUGAUGAGGUUGUGCUGGUCAGCCAAAAUGGAGGAGAUUUGUAGGUUUCUUUGGUUUUUUUGUCUUGUUUUAGGUAUCAAAUGAAGAAAAUGAAUAUUUUUUGUUUUAGAUGUAACUGCGAACGGUUAGAUGGAAACAAACAUGCCAUUGCUGAAAAAAAUCUUACAAAGAUUGUUAUUCCAAGGAACUUUAUUGAAGUGCGGGUAGCUUUUGCCGCCUUUGAUUGUCCAGAAAGCCAGGGAGAUCUUCAGUUUCCGGCAUUCGCUUUGAUCGGGGUGGUUGAACGGAUAGAUAAUAAUUGGGCAAAGGGCCAGAUCUUCUUGGAUAAUGGGAAGUGCAUCGGAAUAGAAGGAAUGUUCCCAUUGAAUUACACGUAUCCGUUGAAGGUAAACUUAGUAUUCGUUUUUAAAGUUUGUUUGUUUAGCGUUUGGAGUCUUCAUUCGAACCGGAAGUUGGAUGUUCAGAAUGUGAAGUGGUCUCGGACUUCGAACCUCUGGACGACGAGAUUCGCUUGCGGAAGGGAGAAAUCGUCAAAGUUCUGAGGUCUUCCGACGAUUGGGCUGAGGUGCGGACUGCAGACGGACGCGAAGGAAAGUGUCCACAGAGGUUUUUGGCCCCUAUAACUAGUCGAGAGCGAACUUCGUCGAGGAUAAGCCCGAGCGAACCACUUUGCAGAGCUAUUUUUGAUUUUGAGUAAGUGUUUUAGGUAACAAAACUGUGAUACAGAGGUUGAUUUUUUCAUGGUUGUCUUACUUUAGCGCGGAUUAUGAAGGUGAAUUGAGUUUAAAGGAAGGGCAAAUAGUGAAGUUGGUGAAGAAAUGGAAUGCCGACUGGUAUGAAGGAGAAUAUGAAAUGGACGGAGUUACCAAAAAAGGAGUCUUUCCAUCAAAUCAUGUGGAAAUUGUGGUAGACAUCGAGGGCUCUAGUCCUGUGAACGCUUCAGAUGCCGAGAUUGAGUCGAAACGAUUUGGCGUCUCUGAUUAUUCGGAACCAGACACUAUUGGGUAAGUGUAGUGUUAUCAGUUGAUUCUGUUACUUUCUUUAGGUUUGCUACUGUACUUUAUGACUUUCAAGCCCGGUUUCAAGACGAACUGUCUGUCCAAGCAGGCUUUAGUGUCAGAAUUAUCGAAUUGCCGGAUUCAGAAUGGGCGAGAUGUUUUAAUCCGAUGACUUUUGAAACGGGUCUUAUCCCUCAAACAUUCCUCCAGAUCUUCCUCGACGACGAGACUGAACUCAACACUCAAGAUAUUCAAAUACCUUCUGUGGAUUGUUUUAAUGGAUCAAGUCGGGUUUCCGAUUAUUCGUGGGAAACUCCGUUUUCGACGAACAUGGAAGAUCCAAAGAAGGAUUCCGGAAAUGUUUCUUUGAAUUCGGAUCAGGAGAGGCAAGAGGAUGCAAAAGCAUUGGUUGAUCCCGAAUUUGAUCAGUUAUUUGGACUGAAACCGAUUAAACACGCUCCACCAGAAAGACCCCCACCUCCCCAAGUUGCUAGUAAUGGAAGAAAGGCGGUCCGGACGGCCCCACCACCGCCAUCUUUACCUACUCCCACCUUCGAACAAUUUCCAACUUCAUUUUCGUCCAGCUUAUCCACUUUCCCAACAACGCCGUCAACCCCAGUGGAUUGGAGAAUACAGUUUAUGAAAGUUGUAGAGGAGUUAUUGGCAUCAGAAACCAAUUACAACUUGGAGCUGCAUGCUUGGGAAGAGGUAAGAACGAAAUUACUAUUAUUCUUGCUGUUUUUAGUGUAUAAAAUCUUCAAAUCGACUCUCCGAACAAAGAAAAUGCGUGUUGAUUAAUGGAUUUCCCAUGUUGAAAGAUCUAUCCCAACGUUUGAUUAGAUUAAUAUCAAAUGAAAUGGAUAAGCCUGUGGAAAAGCAGAGUUAUGGCCUCCUUUUUAUGGAUUUGAGAGAGAAGAUCUCCAAAACAUAUGCAUAUCAUUUUAGAUGUGUAGAGGAAAUGGCGCAGAUUGUAGAGAAUGUAAGAAAUUUUAUAGUUUUUACAUCUUUUUAGAAGAACGACGGCGAAUUACAAAGGGCUUUGAAAGAAUGCCUUGAGGAGAUGAACAAGAUGGGAGUUUUUGUGUUUGACGUGCCAACAGCAGUUGCCCGCCCUAUUCAGAGGGUUCUAAAGUACCCUUUGUUCAUCAAUGAGCUCCUUAAAAUCCUCCCAUUAACCCAUGUUGAUCAUCCAAAGCUUCUAGAGGCCAAUAAACAAAUGGCUCAACUGGUCAGUAAAAUGAAUGAAAGUAAAAGAAAGAAGGAGCUGAGUAAGUUACGUGAUAAUAAUAAUUAUUUUUUGGGUUUAGUGAUCAAAUACUCGGAUUCGAAGAAAGAUACAAUCACAGACAAGUUGUCCAAGAUCAAUCUACACACCUUUGUCAAGAAAAGUAAUCGCUUCAAGUAUCGGAUUGCUUCUUCCAUGGGAUUAACAAGUGUAAGGAGACAUAGUUUAGUUUGGAAUUAUAUUUGUUUCUUAUUCGUAUUAAUAUUUUGAUUUUAGAAACCGGAUCCGGAGUUCAGCGUGAUGGUUUCAGAAUUGGAUUCUGCGGAACGAAGAUUGUGCAAAUUCUUAUAUCAUGUACAAGUUUACCGAGCCCGAUUGACCUUUAUGAUCAAAAAAUAUAUUGGGAGAAACACGGUGGAGAAGAGUAAGUUGGUUUAGAUUGUUGAUUUAUGUGUUCAGACAAAGCAUUCAGUUAUAUGGAAGAUGGCUUGAGGAAAGAAUUUAACUCGUAUCUGAAAAGAGUCGGCACUUUGCUGAAGGAGCAUAUGAGAGCAAUACAAAACGCGUAAGUAGUUUUAUACUCUAAUUUUUACUUUUCUGGGUUUAGAAUUGUAAUCCCCUCCCAGCAACUUCAAAAGUGUGAAUAUGCCAAAUUAAUCGAAAAACGAUGUGAUAAAUUGGCUGACUUCGAAUUGGCGAAAGCAGCAGCCCGACCAUUUGAAGAGAUUGAGAAGAAGAGGUGCGAAUUCGAAGCUUUGAAUCAACAUAUGAAGAAUAAUUUACCUAAAAUUUGGAUGUCGAUCAAUGACAAAGUCCGAAAGAUGACGGAAUUGAUGGUAGAUCUGGAUCUAACAUUCUUUGCGAGAGUAGAAGAAGUGAUUAAAAUGAUUCCAUCCAAACUCUCGAGGUUCAGUCUAACCGAUUUCACUAAUUUUGUAGACCCCGGAGGGCAAAGAUUGAUGAAUCUUCAAAAGUUUUUACUCCUACCGUCGGAGAAACACAAGGACAAGCGACAGAGAAAGAGCUUUAGUAAGUUUAAAGGUUAAUGUAUAUAUCGUGUUAGGAGAAGUAUUUGCAGAGAAUAAGAGGCACAUGGAGAAGGAAUAUUCACUGAGACCUCAGAACGACAGGGAAAGAGAUGCCUUGAUUAAGAUGCUCAAAGCGCAGAAUAGAAUUCCCGAUUUGAGGAAAGUUAUUUGUGAUUAUUCGUCACCAAGAAUGCUGUUAAAGAAAGGAGAUAUCGUGGUCAUCAUCAAGUUCGAGAAUGGUUUCUGGUAAGGUCUUGUCACUCGAUUAUAAAUGAUUAAUGUUUUAGUCAUUGCGAUAACAGUGUCAAUACGGACAAGGUCCCUCUGAAUAUUCUGAUCCCGUUUGAUGACUUCAACAACUAUUCUUCAGUUCCAAUGACCUCUGAAUUGGAGCCGGUAAGAACUGUUCGACCUCCAGUUUCACUUCCAACCGAGGAUAAGGGACAUGCGAAACCUGUCCGACAAAAGUCUCAAAAUCUGAUCGAUCUGGAUGCCGUCACUCCGCCCGCCCAGAAUAGACCUUCUGUCGAUGAAAUUCUCGAUUUCUCGGCUCCAGUUAAGAUGCCUGCGGCUGUUCCAACACAAGUAACCAGGAAUUCGGUAGCCCCUCCAUUGCCUGCUAGAGGGUCGACGACUUCCCCAUUGGAGUUAGUCAUGUACGAGAAGGAGCCAACACGGUCUGGAAAUGGAACAGGUAGAAUUGCUGACAACUUUUUUGUUUAUUUUGGUUUAGGCCCCUCAUUCGCUGAUUUGGCGGCCCAAUCACGCCCUUUCCAAAGGUCUGAUAAUGAAAGUUUUCUCAACGACCAACCGGUCGAUCCCUUUGCCAGUUUCUCACCGACUCCAAACUCCUCAAUCUCCCCAAGUUAUCAGAUCCCACAAAGGAAUCAACUUAACAGAACACCUCUUCCCAAUCCGGUCCCAAUUAUUUCUCCAAGGAAUGAGAAGAACGCUGAUCCAAUUUAUGACACGGUUCCUGCCUCCGCCUUGCCUCCGGCACCUCACAGAAUUGCCCCGGCUCCACCAAUAAAGAAACGACCGACUGAUCUUGGAUUGGUGAGUAAACCCAAGUGUAAUAGUGAAUAGAACUUUCUUGUUUAUUUUUGUAUUUAUUCUGUUAUUUUAAUGUCGUUACUUAUAGGACAACAAGAAGGUGUUUGUUUGUGAAUUUGACUUCUCUCCAUCGUCAGACGACUCUAAUCAACUCAGAAUCCGGGAGAAUGAGAAGGUGCUCUUGCUCCGAGAUUCGGAUGAAGUCGGAAACUCUGAAUGGUAUCUAGUUCAGAAGCCCGGAGACCUCUCCAAAGGCUAUGUCCCCGGUGUUUAUCUCCGCGAAGCCACCCAAACCGAGUUAUUAGCCAUAUAA